GCCCCAGGGCGAGGAGGAGGAGGAGGAGGGGCCGGAGGGUUUGGUUGAGCUGCAGCUGUUUGUCUGUUCGACACAGGCUUAGGCCCGACGGGGAGACGGAGCCCCAGGACUGUUGAAGCCUGGAAGUCCCCUCCCCUCCCCCUCCCCCCUUUGCCGCUUUGUGGCACCCCCCUCCCUCCACCCUUUCCCACUCUCAUCAUCUGGCCAUGACGAGCAGAAGCACGGCCAGGCCCAAUGGGCAGCCCCAGGCCAGCAAGAUCUGCCAGUUCAAAUUGGUCUUGCUGGGGGAGUCCGCGGUGGGCAAGUCUAGCCUGGUACUACGCUUCGUCAAAGGGCAGUUCCAUGAGUACCAGGAGAGCACCAUUGGAGCACAGUCAAGUUUGAGAUCUGGGACACAGCCGGGCAGGAGCGAUACCACAGCUUAGCCCCCAUGUACUACAGGGGCGCCCAAGCUGCAAUUGUGGUUUAUGAUAUCACUAAUCAGGAAACCUUCGCUCGCGCGAAGACAUGGGUGAAGGAACUACAGCGGCAAGCCAGUCCCAGCAUUGUCAUUGCCCUGGCAGGGAACAAAGCUGACCUAGCCAACAAGCGCAUGGUGGAGUAUGAAGAGGCCCAAGCAUAUGCAGAUGACAACAGCUUAUUGUUUAUGGAGACUUCAGCGAAGACGGCUAUGAAUGUGAAUGAUCUCUUCCUGGCGAUAGCUAAGAAGUUGCCAAAGAGUGAACCCCAGAAUCUGGGGGGUGCGGCAGGCCGAAGCCGAGGUGUGGAUCUCCACGAGCAGUCCCAGCAGAACAAGAGCCAGUGUUGUAGCAACUGAGGGGAUGGCUAGCAGCAGACCAGUACGGAGCUAGCACGAGAGCUAAGAAAUAACCUCUGUCCCCACCCCUCAGCACACAGCCCCUGCGGUAACAGCACACUGAGCCCUGGCUCCCGCGGGCUGCCUCCUGACAGCUCCGUCAUGGCACUUUUUAACGCUUCAGCAACCAACACCAGGCAGCUGUUGCCACUGGCCUCCUACCCUCUACUUGAGGGGUUGGGGGUCAGAUUUCCCCAGGACUUACCUCCCAAAACAAACUCUUCACUUUGUAUUAUAGGUGCAAGACAGUGACCUGCUCAGCUUUCCUCUUCCUCCCAUGUUCUUCCCCAUUUCUUCAGAAAACAUUCUUUGUCCCCCGCCCCUCCCCCUUCCUGCUUUUGAUCAGUCCUCGUUCUUGAUCCUCUUUUCCUCCUCUCCAGGAUGGAGAAGGUGGUGAACUCAGAAGCUGAGAAGGGAGGUUUCUAGUUCAGUGCGUUGCAGGCCCUGGGGAAGAACAAGGCUCAGAGCAGGAGGAAGGAAGGUCCCUUUUCGUUUUUGUUUGGUUGGAGUCUCACACGUGAAAACACUGCAGUAUCCGUGAGUUGGCCUGGCUGGAGGGCUUUCCUAGGGAGAGGUGAGAGCGAGGAGCCAGGCUCUCAGGAACCACGUGGGAGUCGCGCUCUUAGCUAAGCGAACAGAGGCGGAGGUGCAGGCUCUUCUGUGGCCCGGGAGCUCCUCCCCGGCCCAGUUUUCCUCACCCGUCCUCUGCGGUAGCUUCUCCCCUAGAGGGGAUCGGAGCCUGGGGUCCUCCAAAGAAUCUUCACUGGUUGCCUGCACCUUCGGCUUUGCUGUGAUUUAAUUGGAGGAGGGGCCGGUUUCUCAUACCCAUCCUCCGGUUAUACAUAUGCAUUCCCUUCACCGCUGGCCUUUUCGGUGGCCUCAGCCCCACCCUCCGUACUCCCUGCAGUUUGCACUUUAAUUGAUGGUAGCUCGGUCGGGAUACUUGUUUUAUGGGGGUUCUGAUUGAUUUACCUGCCCUCUCAUCUUUUUAAUUAAAUAGAAUCUGAGGUAUAAGGUAGGGGGUGGGGGCUACAGAAAACAGUUCCAGUGGCAGCUACUCAAGCACAGUCUCCACUGCUAGCUUCUUCCUCCAAGUCUAAUUCUUAACCUUCCUUCUUGCCAGACUCUUUCAUACAGGUUUGCCUUUCUGGAGAAUUAACUGAGCAACUGGGGAGUGGCUUAGUCUAGCGCAGGCCAAGGUAGGGGAGUAGAGAGGUCAGACAAAAGGGAGGAAUUUCCUGUCCCCAGGGUUCACAUUCAAUUUGCUGUCCGUUACCAUAUCUUUUCUAUUUCCCUGUAAAUAGGUAUAAACUUUAUUUUCACUGUAUGGUCUCUUCUACCCCCUGCCUCCGGUCAGGCCCUUUUUCCUUUCUCUUCUGUUAGGACUUUGACUAUAGUUCUUCUGUCCUUGGCCUAUGCCCACCCUCCCGCGCAACCGUGUACCACGAGGGGUAGUACCACAGGGGCCUGGUGCUGUGACGGAAAGUGAUGGGCACCGAGGGUGCUCACAACUCGUGUCGUCAGAGGGCCUUGGUCCUUUCUCAGCUCUCUAGCCUCUCCCCACAUCCUUCAUCGGGUGUUUUAGGGUGUCUGUGGGGAACCACCAAGGGAGGAGAGAACCCUUUAAGUUCCUUUUUGUUCCAGCCCAGAGUUUUGGGAAUUUGGGGGAAGAAAGACAGGAAAAGCCACAAUAACCUAGGACUGGAGCUUUUCUGCCCUCUGGCUUGCAGACGGCCUUCCAUCCUGGAGCAGCUGAGAAAUCGGCGUGAGGCUGGGCUUGUGAAGGACCCAGCUUCGGUUCUUCCACUUAGGCCCCAAUUCCCUUCCUUUUCCAGGGGCAGCCUUAGUUCCCAUGGCCCUGAAACGACACACAGUUUCCCUUCUUUCCCAGAACCCUUACCCCGCCCCCAGAGCUCCCAGCGCACCCUUCUCACAAGUGGAAGAACUAAGAUGGCUCUGAGUCUCUGAGAAAUGAGAUUCUUUGUGUGUGUAGCCUUCUGUGUGGAGCAGGAGUGAAGGUGUUUCCUGCCGAGGCCGGGAAGCCGUGUCGGGGCCUCACCCUUCCCUCGCCGCCUUAGGGACAGUACUGGCCUUCGCUUCUAGGCCGACCUUGCUGCCUUCCCUCUACUUCUGCCAGCUCUUCUGCCCUGCUGUGAGCCCUUUUGGGCUUGAGGAUCUUAAUUUUAAAUUUCCUAGCUCUUCAUCUCUUUCUCCUGACCAGUUUUUCUGUUUUGUUUUAGGGGAGGAGGGGUGUCCUUUUUCUCUUUUUCUUCUAAGAAAGCAUUUGCCUUUCUUCCCCUUCUUCCCCUACAUAACAAUCGUGGUAACAGAUGCGACUGCUGAUUUACCGAUGUAUUUAAUGUAAGUAAAAAGGAAAAAAAAAAGUGCA